GCUUCCCACACCCGAUGUGUCAAAAUGGGGAUUCCCAUUUUAGGAAUUUCCUGAAUAUAUUUUUUGUGUUCGUUUUACAAUAUUGAUUUUUUAGAUCCAUGAGCUGGAACGUAAAGUUCGAAUAGUUCUCUUUUUAUCAUCAAUGUCACUUGUCAUUCUGCGUAUUACUGUGUCAAUUCGUGAUGGAGAGAGUGGUACUAUUAUCAGUUAAUGAAGAAAUAAGAAGUUUGGUUGAUGACCUUAAGAGGGAAUUUGAGGAAAAAUAUCACACUUGUACUGCAUUCAGAGAAGAACUGCUGUCAGGCCCAGAAGACAGUCAGGGUGUGGCCCAAAAUCUACAAGAGGAGAGAACACUGGUCAUCGUUGUACUGAAUCACACACUGCAGGAAAUAUUAGAUCACAGGAAAUCCAGACGGCUGUUGAACAAAAUUCGAGAUCAUUUUAAGGCUGAACGAGUACUGUUUCUUAAGCAUCAGAUUACAGAGGAGGAGAUUCGGGAUUUCGUAGCUGACAUCACAGACGAUGAGACCUGUGAACUUCACAGUCUUAGUCUUAAAAACAUCUCACAUAUUACCACGCAGAUCUGGGACCUUUCGUCAGUCAACCACAAGGCCACAGAAUCAGAUGAAAUCAAUGGAGCAAUGCUUUCCCAAAUAGGGCAUUCUUUGGAACGGGCAGCUGAUAAACUCAACAGCAGCCAAUGGAAUGCUGUGGAUAAGGAGUCCAUCUGUGGAGAGGAUUUUACCAGAAUAACCAGUGAUUCAUCCAGCGAUCCACAAGAAUCCCACAAUUCCUUUACCGAAAGCAUGAAAUUAUUUGACUCGAGUGACACAGGAUCACUUACGUCCAGCAGUAGUGGUAGAGAUGGCACUGUUAAACUGGCCAGGGAUUUUCCUUCACCAGAAAAUAUCCACUCCAUGACUGGAAAAUUAAGUGCAAAAUUACAGGUAGACUUGUCAAGAGAAGACAAAGAAAAUGCGAAGUUUUUAGGAAAAACUGAUAUUCUACACAAGAAUGAACCAACUUCAUCCCUUCAACAGGCAGCAGCUACAGGUUGUUGCCAAAAGAGGCAGAGCUUGCAGUGUUCAGCAGCAAAAGAUGACAAUAAAUCCAUACCUUGCUCAACACAUCAGAGGUUAAAGCAGCAGCAUUUUGUGACUACUCAAUCUGGGGAUGAUUGGAAUGCCAGUACUCAGCAGACUUUACUGCCUGUUGUAGGUAGUCCAAUUCAAAAUGUGCUGAUUGUAAGAGGAAGUCCCAUGCAGGAAGAUUCAGGGUUGAAGGAAGAGGAAAGAAAAUGUCUUCAAGAAACUACACCAAAUCAACAUGGCUCCAGUAAAUUUCCCUCACAAAUGCCUAAUUUAUCCAAUGUUCAAAGCUAUUCACAGUCAAUGUCCAAUUCCAAUGGCAGAUAUGAUGACAGUGAACAUUAUGAAAGAUCUAGUGAACUAGGGUAUCAACAGAGUUAUGCCACUUCUUAUCAGCAAGCAUACUGCUCAACACCCAUACGCUGCCAGAAAUGUAAUCACAUAAAAGAUCAUGUGAAGCUGUACAGCAUAGUCCCUCAUCACACUGGCCUUGCAUCACCCACAUCUAUUCCAAAUUGCUUCAGCAUCCCAAAUUCCUCAGGUCCAGAAGCAAUGACCUUUUCGUACUCGCUGUGUUUGGACUGCAGUAACAAUAUGUCUUCUACAGAUAGUCCCAUCAGACAGAACUUUUUUUGUGGUACUAAUGAAACUUUCCAGAGCUCUAAUUUGUUCCCUCCUGCUUUUGAGCAUGUGGUGUCUCCAUCCAUUGUGACACAACAUGUCCAUCCAAUGUAUUUAUCAAAUUUUGAAAAGGGACCCAAUCCACAUCAGCAGGGAGAUGUGGCAAUGCCCCGACAUCAAAGUUCACCCUCAAGGCUUAAUCACCUAAACUCACACUCCACCAACACCACCAACAACUUUGGUAGGCAAGAGUUCAGAGAUGAAAUUCUAGAUAUAGACAACAAGAUGAGGCGAGGCCCACCAUUCCAAAGAAACAUACCAGUGAAUUCAGCUGGAUCUCAACAAUCAAACAUAGACAACACCAGGAUUAGAUCAGCAAGAACUUGUCCCGGUACCUUGUAUAACAUUCCAGAAAGUUCUCAGACAACACAAAGUAAAACUUUACCAAGUCAUCUGUCAAUCCUCAGAUUUCCUGAGAGACAUUCAUAUGAUGGGGCUUCAUCAGAAUUGCCUCCAAAACCAAGCAACAGAAUAUCUGGUGAUGACUCAGCAGCUGGAGCCUCUGCAGCAUCCAAUGGCUAUGAUCACCUUCCCCUGAUGAGUCUUAGUCACGUUGUCAUCGAAUACGUCAAGUCACAACUGGAUUAUACUGGAAGCAACACAUUAAACUGGAUGCAGCUUGCUCACCUCCACCACUGGAACUUUAGCAUGAUUGAUACGAUCAAGAAAAAGUGGCAGAUGAGGGUGAUCGAGAGCCCCUUCCUGGAACUGAUUCAAAACUCCGAGGACUUCCAAAACUACACCUACGGCCAGCUUAAACUAGAUUUGGAGAAAAUUCCAAGGAAAGAUAUUUUGGAAAAAUUGAGGGAAUUUGAGGAAAAAGUAAAACUUGUAGUAUAAAUUCCAUGUUUGUGUUAUUUCUAGGAGGUGGUGUCUGUGGUCAGUUUAUUUUCCCCAAUACAUUUAAGAAGUAAUGUUAUGAACAAUAUCUCUGAUGUUUGAAAACAUUUCAGUCCAAUAUGAUUUUAAUGCUACUGUAUUUGACCUCGUAAGUUUUAGAAAUUAGUCAUGACUGUGAAAUUGUCUGUUUUUAUGACGUGACUCAAGUGUCCAUGCCUGGAGGUUAUAAAACUUUUUUGAGCACGUUUUCAUUCUCAAAGUAUGUGCUGUAUGAUGUCACAUGAAGUUUAUAUUAACUGACAGUCUUCAAUAAGUGUACUAUGAAUGGCCUUUGAAAUUUUAGAUGACUCAUUUAAUUGUGUUACAACAAUCUGUUAAGAUUACAUGUGUUUAUAUUUAGAUGUAAUUCAGUUUGGGUUUUUAUUUGUACAGCAUUUUAUACUGAACAGUAUUAAUGAACACCUCAUUCUUACGGAUCGGAAAAAGAAUGGCUAUAUAAUUUGAUCAAACAGAAUAAAAUAAUUCUUGUUUGCUUGAUUUUUAAAAUCAUGAUUCAACAUUUUGUUAAUAUUUUGUUUUAUUUUAUAAAUAUUUUAUUCAUUAUGUACAUAUUGGUCUUUUUUGUUUUUGUUUGUUUCUACUACAUAAACUACCAAUGCAGUAAUUUCAAUAUAUUUUUCAAUGCAUUAUGGUUUAUUUUUUGGAAUUUUGUCUCUUUUAAGAAAAAUUAUCUUCAAGAACAGCAUUUUGAUAUUUGUUAGGUUAUUUCCUGGAAGUGAUGCAUUAUCAGAUGAUAUGUUGGUAUCAGUGGUAGAUGUGCACCAAUCACGCCAUAGACAUCAGUUACUGAAUUCAACAUGUACCAUUCCACUGUAUUUUAUAUGACUCAGUCAGCUGAAAUUUUUAUGCAUCAUGUUGAAAAAAUUUACUUGUGAAUGAUUUGAUAAGAGAUUUUGCAGUCUUGCAAUUUCGCAGGCCUUACCAGCAACCUGAGAAAAACACGGACUUCUUAUUGCAAUAACCUGAUGCAAGAAAAUUUGUUCUAGAUGGAAGAUUCUAGACGAUGUUUUAGUCACCAAGUGGAAAUGAUUUUAAAACAUAUUUAUACUUAUCUAUAUGCAAUCUCAUCAUUUUUUGCCAAACAGUAGGUAAAGUAGAAAAUGUAUCAAUUUCUGGGGUUGCUAUUUAGUUUUAUAUAUUUACAUUCACUGUAUUCUGCUUAAUUUCUAUUGAAAUCCAUUGCUUGUCAUUUGCAAAAUAUUUACAUUUCCAAUAAUUUGGACUUCGAUAUCCUAGCUUAUUAAUUUUUAAAAUGUCAAGCAUUUCCUCAUGAAUGUGAACAAUAUGCAUAUAAAUUUUGAUAAAUAUA